CGUCUAUCAAUGGCGUCGUUGCAGCAGCAGCGUGGCCGAGAGUGCUACGUCGCCGCCUGGAGGAAUCGAGACCCGUGAAACGGCCUCGAAUGAGGGGUUAGCAGAUCCUUGCAACGAUCUCGUGGGGAUCCUCCGUUCAAUUCAAUUCCUUCCUUGCUUCCUUCGCUCACUUGGGUUCCUCCUUGAUCCGUCUCUUCCUGCCAAUGCCAGUUGUGUUUUGGGUGAGAUUUGUUGUUACGAGACUUUGAGCCAUGAGUUUUGCAGCAGAUUGCGCGUUGUGGGGAGCAUGCUACAAAGCUGUUGUUGUUGUUGGGUGUUGAGAGAAUCGUGGGAUGAAGAUGAGUUACUGCGGAAAAUUGAUGACUGCCUUUAGAGUGCGGCCGUUUCAGGGUUUUUGAGUGAUCACCGUGUUACGGGAGGUGUUGGGAGAGGUCAAUUUGAGUGUUGUGUCUCGAGUGUUGGCUUCGUGGGUGAUCGUCUGUUACUCGCAGCUAUGGCGCAAUCUGCUGCGGUUUCGUCUGCUUUGUUUUGUGGGAGAGUGGGUGUCACUCAAGCUCAAUGGCUUUGUCUUUCUCGAUCUUUGCCUUCUUCGGGUGCGUUUGGAAAGCACGCGCCUCGCUUGGAUGUUUUGAGCAAGAAACUGCGAAUUUCGAGUGGUGAGAACCUCCUGAGACCAGCAUAUCAAGGAUGGGUAUGGAGCACCAAGGCACACGAUAGCAAAGACAACGUCUCUACCUCUCCCGUUCGAUCGUCACAGACACCGUCUUUCCCUCCUCCUGAUCUUACAACGUCUGAAGGCCUAGUUGGGGAGGAUGCUGCUGCAUUUGACGUCUCCAGCCAAAAGACCUCCUCCUGGUUGCUCUUUACAGCAAUUCUGGGAGUAGUCCUUGCGAUUCUUUACGUGGCUUGGAUUGACCCUGAAACAGGCUACGGGGGUGCAUAUAUUGAUUCAAUUUCUGCACUCAGCGACAGUCAUGAGCGGACUGGCAAGCCUGCGUGGAGCAGGAGAAAAAUUGAUCGGCGAAAGGGCUUAUCGUGUACUGUAUGCCGCAUCGUCUCUCCCUCUUGCGGUAUCUGCUAUGUGGAGGGUGGGUGUUUAGACAGAACCAAGUCAACUCCAACAGUGUAUCUAGUGAAGAUUACCUUGGUUUACUUUAUAAACCACAGAUACGACGGCGUGCAGCUUUGGGAUUUUCGCAGCGUCUUUGGUGUGCGUGAAAUGGUUUGGGCAAUGUCGUUCAUCUCUUUCUUCUUUUUAUACCCUUCCACGUUUAAUUUGCUUGAGGUUGCUGCUGUUGAUAAGCCCAAGGUACACAUGUGGGAGACUGGUAUAAUGCGGAUCACCCGACAUCCACAGAUGGUGGGACAGUUUCUGUGGUGUUUUGCGCACACACUUUGGAUAGGAAACUCCUUCACAGUGACUACUUCAGUUGGCUUACUUGCGCAUCACCUCUUUGGAGUCUGGCACGGGGAUAAACGUCAAUCAGAACGACACGGAGAGGCUUACAAUACUCUGAAAGAGCGGACCAGUGUCUUCCCUUUUGCUGCUAUACUAGAUGGUCGUCAGAAGCUGCCACCUGAUUAUUACAAGGAGUUUCUCAGAGUUCCCUACUUUGUAAUUGCUGGGUUGACUCUUGGGGCUUAUUGGUCCCAGCCAUUUUUACAAAGAGCAAGCCAACAUCUGAGGUGGUGAAUGGAGCUUUGCUAUGGAAGUGCCCCUUCGUAGGAACGUGAACUCUACAGCAUGCAUUUUAUUCAAUAAGUGAAUCGCGUAAGCAUGCAAGUUGUGAUGACAAUUUUUGUUCAUUUGGUAAACAAGAACCAACUUGAAUAAUAUUCACGAUUGGCAUGAUCGAAGUGUCCAUGAGAUUUCAGGGAUCUUAGUUGAAGAGCCUGGUACUAGUCAUCGGUUUGUUGCCUCCUGUUGGGGAGGUUGACCCUAUAUACUCUCCACUCCUAUUUUUUGAGAAGAGAACGAUUCUUCUUCCUGAAGGGACGCGUUCAGCUUCCGACAUGGUUAAGAAGGUGACUAAGUCACUCAGGAGCCCCACCAUGAUUGGGUAAACCGUGGUGGUAGCAUCUACAUGGCGUGGAGGUUUCGGCGAAGACUUCUUCCUAGAUUUCCUGGAGAAAGUAGUGUGUGCUGUCAGGAUACAAUCUUUUGUCUAAGAUCUGCUGUUAAGAUCUGCUUACACAAUACCUUCAAUUGAAAAAACUUCAUGUUCA